AUGACAUUUCGUUCAACCAAGGAGGUACUCAACUUUAUACUGUAUAAUGCUUAUCCAGACAAAAAGCAAAUAACUAAGAAGAGUGCACUGGAAGAAAAUCCUCUGGCACAAGGAUCUGGAAAGAAAAGAAGAACAUUUUCUCAUGAAAAAGAAGCAUCCUCAAGUUCUAUUUUAUGCAGAAAAUCAAACAGCAUCCAAAUAGAAGAAGGCUUUAUAGAACUAAACGUCUUCCGAACAAAAGAUGAUUUUACAGAAUCAAAAAUCAUCAUCCAAAAAGAAAAGGAUUUUCCAAAAUCAAACGUCGUCGAAACAGAAGAUGAUUUUAUAGAAUUAAACGCCACAGAGAGUGAUGAAGAUAUAUAUACAGCACGUCAACUUUUUCAACAUCCUCUCGGUGAGGAAACUAAGGAGUUGAAGAGAAACAAAAGAGAAGGAACUUACCAACCAAGCGUGCAAGGAGAAAGUAGUCAAUACCCAUUUGCCUGCCAAGCUCUAGAGAAUUCAGGAGAUGGGAAAGAAAAUAAAACUGUCACUAAUAAGAACGUUUCUGAGGAAGAAAUUGGAGCUGAUGUCAUACAAACUCCUACUACAUGGGCUGUGAUAGAGAAGAAAGACAACGUAACUUCAAGUUCAAAACCUGUAGAAGAAAAUACAGGAAAGAAGGGAGACGUGGAAGAUAUAUUUGGUCAAUUAGGUGACCUUCAAGAUGCUUCAGUAGCAGAACAGGUCCUGAGUAAGCAAUUCAAUCAAGAAGAUGAUGCGUAUAAAGACCUCUAUUUUUUUUAG